UCCGGGUGGUCAGUAAUGUGUGUUUGUAUAGGUAUCCGGGUGGUCAGUAAUGCCGGGGGUGUGAACCCGCUGGCGUGCGCUGCCGCUAUACAGGAAGUAGUCAAGAAAGCGGGACUUGAUCUCAAGGUCGCCGUGGUGACUGGAGAUGACCUCAUGGCUCUGAAAGGCAGUCUGUCUGAGGUGAGAAUGGCUGAUGGGGUGAGCAGGUCUAAGCUGCCUACAACCGUCCACAGUAUGAAUGCCUACCUGGGUGCAGUGCCCAUCCAGAGGUGUCUAGACCUGGGGGCUGACAUUGUAGUCACAGGGAGAUGUGUGGACAGUGCUGUCGCCCUAGGACCUCUUAUGCACUCUUUUGGGUGGAAGCAAAACAACUAUGACCUGUUGGCAGCUGGGAGUCUUGCAGGCCAUCUCAUAGAGUGUGGUGCCCAGGCAACAGGUGGCAUAUUCACGGACUGGCACACAGUACCGGACUGGGAUAACAUGGGAUUCCCAGUGGUGGAGUGUUCAGCUGAUGGUUCCUUCAUUCUGUUGAAGCCGCCCAAAACAGGCGGAUUGGUGUCGUUCGGGACGGUUGCCGAGCAACUGGUGUACGAGAUCGGUGACCCGCAGAAAUACCUCCUUCCUGACGUCACCUGUGAUUUCUCUAACGUCAACAUCACUGAAGUAGCAGGAGUGGAGGGAGGGGCUGUCAAAGUCACCGGGGCCAGAGGUUUUGCUCCGUCCAAUGACUACAAGGUGUGUGCCACCUACAUGGAUGGGUACAGGGCUACAGCAGUUUGUCCAGUAGGGGGCCCCAGAGCCACCGAGAAGGCCAGACGCACCGCAGAGAGCAUCAUCAAACGGACGCGUCGGAUGUUCAAGCAGCUGGGUCUGGAGGACUUCACCGCUGUCAACAUUCAGGUGUUGGGGGCCGAGGAUACCUACGGACCACACAGCAAUAACACGACCCCUAGAGAGGUAGUAGUCUGGAUGGCUGUGCGUCAUAAACAGAAGAAAGCUCUGGAGUUCUUUGCCAGGGAGAUAGCACCUGCAGGAACAGGCAUGGCUCCUGGACUCAUGGGCAUAGUUGGAGGACGACCAAGAGUCUCUCCGGUUCUGAAACCUUUCUUCUUCAUGCAUUCAAAGUCUCAGCUGAAGGUGGACGUGCACAUUGGUGGAGAGCACGCCGAGACGCACACUGGGGCGGAGUCAGACUCUGAGGCUCCGCCCCCAGCGGAGGAGAAAGCUGUACCUGUCGCAGAUCUGCCCAGUGGUCCCCACUCCUACAGGCUGGAGGAGUUGGCCUACACCAGGAGUGGAGACAAGGGAGACUCUAGUAACAUCGGUGUGAUAUCGCGCCACCCCCUUUACUUCCCCUACCUGAAGAAACACCUGACGGAAACAGUGGUGGGGGAAUAUUUCCAUCACCUCAUACAGCCAGACACACAUGAUGCUGUCACACGUUAUGUGUUACCAGGGAUUCAUGCUCUCAACUUCGUCCUGCAAAGCUCUCUGGGAGGCGGUGGGGUGGCAUCGAUACGCUGUGACCCUCAGGGUAAAGCCUAUGGUCAGAUGCUGCUGGACCUCAAACUGACCGGCUUACCAGACCUCAAGUCUCUGGUCGACUGAGACGGGGAGAGAGAGAAAGACAGAGAGAGAGAGAGAGAGAGAGAGAGAGAGAACAAAUAUAUGAAGAAAUAUAGAGAUGUAUUGUUUGUCAAUGGAGAAUUCUCAUGAUAUAUCCUGGCUACAUACAAUUGAUUCAGGACUGGAAGAGAGGGCAGCAUUAUCUCCGUGUGUCUCAAAUGCACCCUAUUCCCUAUGUAGUGCACUACUUUAGACCAGAACCCUAUGGAACCCUAUUCCCUAUGUAGUGCACUACUUUAGACCAGAACCCUAUGGAACCCUAUUCCCUAUGUAGUGCACUACUUUUGAUGUUCUGUAUCAUUAAACUAUGUGUCUAUCUUA